GGGGAAAUCAGUUGCCGUACAAAAUCCACUGCGGGCACACGUGCGCGUUGAUGUCAUUGGUUUAUCACCGUUGUACGUCAGAAAGGAAAUCGUGUCUACCGUGUGACGUCGAUCACCUUCGAAGUAUCCACACGACGAACAACAUUGACAGAUAAUAGCAACGACGAAUAAUAAUAUCGGAAACUUGAAGGCAAAAGUAAAUACGAAAAUCGAUCAAUUAGCAAUUAUGUGAAAUCCUUGUUGCACAUUUGAUCGAGUAGAAAAAUCAUAGAUAGAUUUCUCUGAUCAUCGUAUCAUUUUAUUAAAAAUCAAGUUUACAGUAAGAUUAAUAUUAAAUCUACAUAAUCGAGCUAAAUUACGCAUAGAUUAUAAUCCAACUGCUUUCGAUAGGCGUAUUUCGAGGCGGGCUCAACACUUGACUCGCCUAUAAUCUUUACACAUAUUACACUUUACCUAUAAUCAUAUAUCACGAUAUAUAAACGUUAUUCGUACAUAGUUGUAACAAGAGAAGAAAGAUAAUUCAUACCAGGUAUACGGACAGUUUUCGGAGGGUAUACAGUUAAUACCGAUUGACGCGCAGCUUCUGAUAAAUAAGUCCAGUUCUAUAUAUAUUCAUAAAAACUUUACUGCGAUAAUCACCACGAGGAGGCAGAGCCAAUCAAGAGAGAUUCAAUUAUUCCUAUUGGCGCCGACUCCACCGGAAGAAUGCUCGACUUCGAACAACAGACCAAUCAGGUUCAAGCUUUGGCUUCGCUUGAUCAAGACUGGCACCUGCUUGAGGACGCGAAAAUGAGACUUGAAGAAGAUUUAGUAAUUCGAAGAAGUCGUCCAACAAUGAUAUCCGCAAAAUAUCGAGCCAGGGAGGAACGUCGUCGUCUGUUGAAGAUUUCGGCUGGAAAACUGCGGCGCAUCGAAGAUCCGGAAGCUUCGCUCUGUCGUUCGGUAUUGAUAAAUAACGCAGUCAGGAGAUUACAAAGAGAAAACCGUGACGAGAAGUCGAGGAGUUAUGGGUUGUCGGUAACCUACCUCGACGAUUCAAAGGAAAAUAGUUUGAAUGGAAGUAUGAACGUGGAUAAUACGGAAAAUGAUUUACUACAAAGGAAAAGAUUGGGUGACGAAACUUUGGACGAUGAUUCAAGUCCUAAAAAACAACGGCACGACGAUCUAGAUUUCCAGGAUGUCUUUAGCGAAUUUUACAUCUUAUCACCAACUCCAAGGCUCCUUUCCCACAUCGAUGACGUCGUUAUGCCUCAUUCGGAUAGCUCUGACGCUGCUAACGCAAUGGAUGUCGUUGAAAAUCGUCUAAACAUGGAUUCGCUAAAUUCAACCAAAAGCCGACUAAAUCCAUCAGAUAGCGGUCUAUUCUUGAACGAUAUUGCCGAAAGUUCUUUAAGCUGCAGUGAAAAUCCAUUGAGGACAUCGGACAGUCGGUUGUAUUCAACGGAAUCUGGCAUGAUGGAUGUUACGGAUGGUCAAGACGUUUGCGACGCCGAGAGGAUUUCUGAAUUUUCGAGGUUCUCAGACUCAACUAAAACUCUCGAAGAACGACUUGUUGACUUUCAAUCCCUGGACGAACACUAUGAUUUGUCAAAAUUCGAACGAAAUAACAAUCAAAGCUGCGGACGAGCCUUCCAUGAUAUUCAAACUUUUCAUAGUCUCGUACCAGGAUUAGAAACAUAGAGCAAAUUUAUACAAAGAUAAUAAUCAGAUGUAUUCAAAACUGUAUAUCUGUAUACAAGGUUUAUACGAGAGAGAUUCUUUCGCUUACGACUAUUAUCAUAUGUUUUUCUUUUCGUUUUUCAUUUCCCAUUGUACAGUUAUUUUUUUCACUCAGUUCUUUCUUUCGUUGUUCAAAGAUUUUUUUCGUUAGCUCAAAAUCCAGUUCUAUUUUAUUUUCAAUGCCAUUAGUCAAAUUUAUAUAUACGUUAGGAUAUCAAAAAAAAAAAAAGAAGGAAAACGCGCACAAAUAAACACAAAUUCAGAUUGUCUCUGCAUCAGAUGGUUUGGGAUUUAUUGUUGAUAUUCGUGUUGUUUAUGUUAAAACGAGACAGAAUCACUGGAAUGAGUGAAAAUUUUUUUUGAGCAAAACUAAUGAGAAAAUAGAAAGAGCAGAGGUGACUAGUUUUCUUUUAUCCUCAUCGUAAGCUUUGGCAAGGGUACCCCUCUGGUAUAAACAGUUGUAGGUGUAUAUCUCUAUACAUAUUGUUUGUAUAUAUAUAAAAAAAAAAAUACUUUUUUAAAAUCACGUUGACACAAAAAGAAAAUUGUAUAUAAGUUAAAAAGAGCGAAUGACAAAAAUGAGAUGAAUGCAAGAUGAACGAUCAGGCGAAUUUAAGAAGAAAUGACGCGUACAUACAUAUAUAUAACAUUGCUUUUUAAUUUCAAAUUUUUUGAAAUUAAUAUUAUGUCGUAUAGAUUUAGGUUUAUAUUUUAAUAUUGUUGUCUGUAUUGUUCCAUUACUUUUAGCGUCAAUAAUUAUUUCUUGUAAGGAGCAUUUUACUCUUAGUAAAAAUUAUAGCAGAGUAACUAAAACGAAUUGCUUCGGUUGUUUUCUUUACUAUUUUUAGAACAAUUUGAUUAUUCAAAUUUAUUAUAAUUGUUCCUUUUUGUUAUUUUUUUCUUGUAUGGUUUUUUUCUCGCUUUUUGGUGCCUCUACUCUGUGUCCAUUUGACAAUAUCAGAUGAUGUACACCUAGCUCGUGCGAAAGGACGUAUUCCUAUAGAUAUUCCGAUAUCUAUGUUCAAAAAAAAUUCGACAUCUUAUAUUUAUCAUCACAUAUUUUGUACUUAACCGUUAAAGAUUAUUCAAAAAACUAAAGAAUAUAUACGAAUGUGGCAGUUCUGGUAUGAAUAUACAUAUGUGUGUGUUUAUACAUAUAUACACAUAAGACACAUUUAUCCACACAAUUUUCUCGUACAUUGAAUGCUGCGAUUAUUAUCAUUAUUAUUGCUAUUGAUAUCAUUUUAUUACUAUGUUUAAUAAUAUUUCUAUAAUUACGAUUAUUACCAUUUAUCAUUAUGAUCAUUAUUAUUAUCACGUCAUCGUCGUACUCUCUGUCAUUGUCCAAAUGAAUGUUUUCAACUUUCAACAAAAGUACAGAGGGGAAAAAUCAUAUAUAUGCACCAAUAUUUCCUUUAAUCAUUAUAAUUUUUCAUUGGGGUACUCUAACAGUAAGAAUAAUUCAUGGCCGAAAUUAUAAAAUCAUUUUUUUUGUUGUUCAAGUUGAAAAUGUUAUUGCGUUAAUGUUUUUUUGUUUCGUUGAAUCGAUUUCUCCCAAACCAAAUUUUUGAUCAAUCUGAAUUUUGAUAUCGACCAAAAUGAGCUGCAGUUAUCUAAAGUAGAAUUCCAAGCUUCCAUAUAGUGCCCAGGCUGUGGUUGGCAUGGUUUUUGGUAAAGCCAAGUUUCGUUUGAAUGAAAACAGAUAUAAAAGAAAAGAAAAGAACAAACAAAAUUUAAAUUUUGUAGAAUUAUAUGAAAACAAACAAACGUGGCCCAAUAUUAUGUAAAUAGCUAUAUUAGCCCAUAUGUUAAGUAGUUAUGUAUGAAAUUUUCGUACGUUGUGUAAGUUAUAGAACUAGUUACAUAAAAUCAGUUACCAAUUAUACGAAAAAAUGCGAAUAAAUCUAUAAACAUAAAAAACAAA